AGAAAAAUAAAUAACUAAAGAGAGAUAAAGUUGUGAGAGGUGAGAGGGAGAGAGUCCCGUCGCAUCGGGCAGCGGUUCAGUCCCCGACGCCCGUCGUAGACCGCGAGAGCGUAGGAGAGAACAAACCCAAAAGAAGAAAACGCCAGUGACUUGGUUCAUUUUUUACCACUUAAAAAUAUAUAAAUUUAUAAUUUAUAUUUAAAUAAUUAAUUUAAUCGGCGUUGCCGUUAUCUUAUCAUUUAAAUUAAUUUAUUUUUAAAUUUAGUGCCAAAAUAAUUUAAAUCGCGAGUUUGUGCGCACGAAAAAACCGCGAAAUUCGGAUUUGAAUCCGUAAUUUUUGUGCAGUGUUUUAAUUAUUUUUUUUUUUUAAGUAUUUUAAAUAAACAAAUAGUUAAUCAUGUUUGAUGUUUUUGGAUCAGUAAGGGGCUUACUGAAGCUCGACCAAGUGAACAUCGACAAUAAUGUAUUUCGAUUGCAUUACAAAGGGACGGUUAUUUUGCUAAUUGCAUUUUCAUUAUUGGUAACAUCACGUCAGUAUAUUGGUGACCCGAUAGACUGUAUUGUCGACGAAAUACCUCUAAGUGUUAUGGAUACUUACUGCUGGAUUUAUUCGACUUUCACGAUUCCCGAUCGCAUUGGCAUUGUCGGACGAGAUAUCGUUCAACCGGGUGUUGCAUCCCACGUAGAAGGUACCGACGAAGUUAAAUAUCAUAAAUAUUAUCAGUGGGUAUGCUUUACUCUAUUUUUCCAAGCUAUUUUGUUCUACAUACCACGUUAUCUAUGGAAAACAUGGGAAAGCGGAAGAAUAAAAAUGCUGGUAUUAGAUCUAAAUUGUCCGAUAAUUGCCGAUUCAAAUAAAAUGGAGCGCAGUAAAUUGCUGGUAGAUUACUUCAACACAAAUUUACACACGCAAAAUCUUUAUGCCUAUAGAUUUUUUUUGUGUGAAGUACUGAACUUUAUAAAUGUCGUUGGUCAAAUAUAUUUCAUGGAUUUCUUUUUGGAUGGUGAGUUUUCAACUUACGGAGCGGAUGUUGUCAGAUUCACGGAAAUGGAGCCGGAAGAACGAAAUGAUCCAAUGUCACGGGUAUUCCCUAAAGUAACUAAAUGUACAUUCCACAAAUAUGGUGCUUCUGGUACAGUACAGAAAUUCGAUGGACUGUGUGUACUGCCACUGAACAUUGUUAAUGAAAAAAUUUACGUAUUUUUGUGGUUCUGGUUCAUUAUCUUGUCAAUUGUCAGCGGUCUGAGUCUAAUGUACCGGGCGGCAGUUGUCGCAUUACCUAAAUUGCGUUUGAUGAUUUUGCGCGCACGAUCACGUAUUUCGUCACAAAGCGAAAUACAAUUGAUAUCGAACAGAUUCCAGAUUGGUGACUGGUUUGUUUUGUAUCAACUGGGUAAAAAUAUUGAUCCGCUUGUUUUUAAACAAUUAAUAACGGAUUUAGCAACGAGAUUUGAAGGAAAAGAGAGUGUUUAAGAUACAGUUUACAAGACGAUUACUUUAAACGAGAUUAUAAAAAAUUAUUUAUAAUUAUUAAAAAAAAAAAAAAUGAUUUUGGUUUUAUUUACGAGUCGAUUUGUCUGCGGCCCGAAUUAAACAUCCUCAAGAACCGUUUGUUUCAUUUAAAUAUUAAGAUUGUAUAACAAUUUGGGUCGUGGGUCGGAGACUGAGGCGACUCUAAUUGUGUGAUAAGAGGUGGACGGCGUCCCUUUAGCUUCCUUUUUAUUUUAUUACUAUUUUUUAGUAUUACUAUCUUAUUAUUUUUUUUUAUUCAUCUCGUGCCUUUGAUCUUGCUCCCCGAUAUUUUCUUAUUAUUAUUCUACUUUAGAAGAUUGCUUUACCCUUCAAAUUAUCGUGAUUCGAUAUGGUUUCACUUCGGUAAUGUAUCUUUUAGUUUUUAUUUUUUUUUUCUAAUAAACAGUUAAAGAAAUAAUUUAACUGAAAUAUUCAAAAAAAUUUAAGAUAUUUUCUUAAGUAAACAUUUAAAUUGGAGUACAAUAAAUUUUUAUUAAAGUCGAUAAAAUUUAUUUGAACAAUUGUUUACUUAAAUUAUAUGUUUUUUUUUUUUAUUUUAACAGUCAUGAAAAAACAGACACGUGGACAAUAGUAAUAAUAGUAUUGUAGUAAUGCUACAAUAAGGAAAUAGUGAAAGUUCAAGGGUACGAGACAAUAUAUAGAAUAAAAUAAAAGACUCGUACCACAUGCCGAUACCUUUGUUCAUAGGUAUGGUUUGUUGUCUGACAGGUAUCUACGCACACAUCAUGCACACACUUAUUCAAACAAAUUUUUUUUUUUUAAAAUACAAUUGAUCGAUCGAAAAUUUAUAAUGGGAAAAGUAUACGACGCCGUCCUCCCAAUAGCAUUACUUCCAUACUACCAACUGUAAUAAUUAUUUUUGUCUUUUAUUUUUAAUUUUUUUUUUAUUUACAAACAACUAUUACAAUUAGUAGUAAUUUUUUGCGACUAUAGAAAAUAGAAAGCUAUAUUAAAAUAUUAUACAAUUGUGUAGAUAUAAAUAAUGGAAAAAAAAAAUAAUAAAAAUAUAAAAAUUUUUUUUAUCCAUUCCAGGAUGAAUGAAGCAACUAAUGUUGCAUAUUAAGUAUUUUCUUUAAAAAAUAAUUAAUAAUUAUAAUUAUUUUGACGUAUUGUCUAUUUUCAUGCCUGAUAAUUAUUAAAACUGCCUCUGCAUUUUACCGUCCUCAUAAAAUAUAAAUUUUAUUGUUCAAUUUUUUUCUAAUUUUAAUGAUAAUAGAAAAUAAACAAAAAAUAAUUAUAAUAUUAUUAUGAAUUAUGUAUUAAAUAAUCGGGAUAAUUGCAGUGUAACUAAUUAUGGUAGCUGCCUAUUUUUUACCCUUAUUUAUAAUAUACGUAAUAAAUAUAUAAAUUAAAUUAAUAAUUAGAUAUUAUCAUUAUUUAAUAAUGAAGAAAAAUUAAAUGCCAGAGUUUUUUUUUUUUUAACUUAGAAAAAUAAAAUACAAUAGCGACAAUAAUUAAGCUACAUAGAUAUAUAUUCUUAUUUUGAAUUAAUUAAUUAAUUAAUAAUAAUAAUAAUUAUUAUUAUUAUUUUCUUUCUUUUUUUUCACUUGCAUACAUUUUAUUAUUUCUUUUAUUAACUUGCUGGUAUAAAAAUUGGCAAUUUAUAUAAAUAAAAUAUAUAUUUUAAAUUUAUAGCUCAAAAUAAGACUGCCAAUUUCAUUCCAUUGCUUCUAUGCUAUUUUAUAGAUUUUUAAAAAUUUUUCUAUUAUAGAUUUUUCUUUUUUUUUUUUUUUUUAUAAUUAAAUUUAAAAUACGAAAUUUAAAGGGACCAAUUUUAAAAUUUGUUAUUAAAUUUUAAAUAAUAAUAAAUAAAUAAUUAUAUUAAUUAUAAAAAAUAUAUAAUAAUGUCAUUAUAACUUUCUGAUAAAUAUUGUAGUGAUAAGAUGUGUUCAGAUUGUGUAAAUCUGUACUUGAGCAAAUCUUAUGUGAUAGAGUCAACGAUAAUUGUCAUUUUUUUUUAUAAAUAAUUUUCUAAGACUACGAUUUUUUAAAAAAUUAAAUUGUAUGAGAUUUACAAAAAAAUUGUAACACGAUAAUUUUAAAUUUUGUGAAAAUAUUUAAAAAUUAAAAAAUAUGAAUGCCUUAUAAUGUUGUGCCAAUUUUAUAAAAACGUAACAUUUGAUAAAAAAAAAUUUUUUUUAAUAAAAAAAAUUAUAUUGAUAUUUUUGAAAUUUUUUUUAUUAAAAAAAUAAUUUUAACUUGUACUGAUAUUUUUGUUAGUUUUAAAUAAAAAAUUUUUAUAAAAUUAAUGUAAUGACAAUAAAAAAAUGAAUCUAUAGAUUGUUAAUAAAGAAAUACGAAUUGUACAGAGUGUUUAAGGAGAAAGAAAGUUGAUUGAAGAUGAACAAAGCAACGUGAUGAGAAAUCAAAUAAAAUGCCUAGUAUAUAAA